AGCUAUUGCCAUUAAUUGUUACGUUGCGCCCGCAUUUUAGCAUUGAUUGAAUUGAAAAGCGAGUAUUCACCUAUUUUUAUCCUGAAAAUAUGCUUGCAAAGGUGGAAGGAAAAUGGAAUCAUCUAAAAGGCAUGCAACAGCUGCUCAAGUAACUGCAUUGAUGGAUUUCAUGCAGGAACAUUCAGAUGUUGCCAAGGGGCUUCUCAAUUCAGGACUUGAAAGAGAAGAUCUAGAGGCACAAUGGCAAGACUUGACGGCUACGCUAAACUCUAUGGGUGGAGCUGUGAAAUCUGUUGAUAAAUGGAAACAGACUUGGCGUGAUCUAAAAUCAAACACAAAGAAGAGAGCUCUAAAACAGCAGUCUCUUUGUGACACUAGUGGUGGACUUAGUUCAGAAGGAAGUGGGGAUGCAUCACAGAGCAUAGACAAUGAAAAUUAUGUACCUCCUCAGAAAAGAUGCGCCUCCUUCGAUGAAGAGAUUAUCAAAAUAGAAAGAGACAAAUUAGAAUUUGAAAGAGAGUAUAAAAUUCAGAAAAUUGAAGUACUAUCAAGGAUAGCAGCAGCUUUAGAGGACUUAGCUAAGAAACAAUAAAAACUUUUUUUUACAUA